AUGAAAAUUUAUUCUUGGGGAUCAGGAAAUUUAGGACAAUUAGGUAUUGGUAAUACUGAUGAUAGUGUUAGUACACCAACUUUAGUUUUACCACCAGAUGGUAAAAAAGAUUAUGAAAUUGUCAAUGAUAUAGUUGGCGGAGGUUGUCAUUCAAUGAUGAUUAUUGAUAAUGGAGAUCUAUAUACAUUUGGUUCAAAUGAUAGUGGUCAAUUAGGAAUAAAUUCAAAUGAACAACAACAACAACAACAACAACAACAACAACAACAACAACAACAACAACAACAACAACAACAACAACAACAAUAUCAAACAAUUCCAACAAUAUUAAAUUACUUUAAAAUAAACUCAAUUAAAAUAAAAAAUUGUUCAGGAGGAUGGGCACAUAGUUUAGCAUGUGAUAAUAAUGGAAAUAUUUAUUCAUGGGGUUCAAAUAGUCAUGGUCAAUUGGGUAUAGAUACAACUUGUUCCUUAAAUUCAACUUUAUCAACAUCAAAUAAUAAAAAUAAUAAUAAUAAUAAUAAUAAUAAUAAUAAUAAUAAUAAUAAUAAUAAUAAUAAUAAUAAUAAUAAUAAUAAUAAUAAUAAUAAUAGUGGUGGAGUUAUUAAAAAAAAAAUUGUAUUAAAGAAAAAGAAAGUUGAAAGAAAGAAUUUAAAUGAACCAAAGUUAAUUGAAAUUUUAUUUAAUAAUAAAAUUAGAAUAGUUAGUGUAUCAUGUGGAAUGAGACAUUCAAUUGCUUUAUCAAGUGAAAAUGAUGUAUACGGUUGGGGUUGUAAUAAAUUUGGUCAAUUAUCAAAUUUAAUUGAUGGAAAUAGUUUAAAGAGUAAUAAUAAUAAUAAUAAUAUCAAUGAUAUUGCUGAUCCAAUGGUUCAAGAUUCACCAAAAUUAAUUAAUUUUAAAAAUGAAAUUAAAAUCAUUCAAAUUUCAUGUGGAUUUCAGCAUACUCUUUUAUUGGAUAUUAAUUUUAAAAAUGUAUUAUCAUUUGGUCAAAAUAAAUUCGGACAAUUAGGUAAUGGUAAUUUCAUUGAUCAAUCAAAUCCUUGUGUGAUUGAUAUUUCAUCAUUUAUAUUACCAACUUCUACAUCAAAAUCAUUAAAUGAUAUUAAAAUAAAAGAGAUACAAUGUGGUUGGAGUAAUAGUUGUUUAUUGACGAACCAAGAUAAAUUAUAUAUAUGUGGUCGUGGUGAGUAUGGUAUUUUAGGUGAUAAUAGAGAUCUAUCACUUGAUAAUAGUAAUUCAAAUCAAUUUAAACUAUUAAAUAGCGAAUCUUUUAAUGAAAAUAAAAUUAAAAACUUUUCAAUUGGUUCUGAGCAUAUCUUAAUUCAAGUUUAUUCAAAUGAUAAUAAUAAUAAUAAUAAUAAUAAUAAUAAUAUAUAUUCAUUUGGUUGGAAUGAACAUUAUCAAUUAGGUCUUUGUGAACCAAUUAUAAUUGGUAAAGAUGGUGAUAAUAAAUCAUUUCCACAACUAUUACCUUCAAUCAAAGGAAAUGAUAAAAGUUUAGUUAAAGCAGGUGGAGGAAAUUCAUUUUUUAUUUUACCUUGA